AUGCCAGCCCGGAGGAAGGCUCAAGAAAUCAUGAAGAAGACGGACGGAGGAGAUCAGACGAAGACCUCAUCCCCAACUGCUAUCGAUUGCUUGCCUACUGAGAUCCUAUGCGACAUACUUGACCUCUUAUAUGAGCUGGAAGGAGAGUCGCCUCGGGCACUUUAUCGAUUCAUGCGGCUAUGUCGGCGUUUCAGAGACAUCGCAUGUUCUGCAUGUUCUCUAUGGGCCCAACACGUCCUUGCGCCCAUGAGUGCGAUAGAGACGGGCGAUGACGCCGAGACUCAACGCCGUGCGACCUCGUUGGUGACGACAUUGUCCGAGCGUUCAAAGCCGGCGUUGUUGAGCUUGCAACUUCCGUCUGGUGUACGUGCACCCCGCAGCAUCAUGGACGACCUUUUCCCUCCGCUCUUCUUCAGGGCCCACAGCAUUACAGUAGGGAACAUCAGGCGGAAAAGAUAUGACGUGGUUGAAUUCUGGAGCUACUUGAAAACAUCUGUAGAUGUUCCGAAUCUUGUUUCGUUGACAGCCUAUAUGUCUCCAUUCGCGAAGUUAGCCAACAAGUACACGCAGGCAUUUCCCUAUCACACUUCGACAGCGGGUCGAGCUCUGAACUUGUCCUCUCUCCGCGACCUUCGUCUUGUCCAAGCCCUACCUCCCGGCCCGUUCCCCGAUCUACAAUCUCUUCACAUCGAACUCGAUGAUAUGGCCCUCGACCAGACAUCGCAGGAUUUCAUCGCCUAUCUUCAUCAUACGCCACAACUCAAGCGUCUUACAUUGCAUCACUGCCUUUUGGAUGCCAAGGGCCCUUUGGAUUUCGAACCGAUCGAACUCUCGCACCUUGAAUACCUUCAGUUGACCUGUUCGCCAACUCCAUGCGCCCUCUUUCUCGAACGCGUACUCUUCCCAUCGAGUACAAUUGUGACAUGGAAAGACUCCGAGCUCACACGGGAGUUCAAUUACGAUCUUGAGAGGAUGCUGGAUGCCUUGCGCGAGCGUUUGAAGCCAACAUCACGGCGUCAGUACUCGGCCAUAUUGCGCAUCAGCAGCACAGAGGACGACCCGGAGUCGACCGACGACCUGAGCAAGGAUGUCUCUUCAUACUGGGCGGGCGACCUUUUCGUCACAUUAGCAUUAUAUCGCCAGAUGGACCAUCACGAAUCUCGCCCAGAAUCCGUUGACACGCUCGAGAACCUAGUGGUUCGACUGGACUGUGUCGGGUCCCUGAAGUUGCUGAAGAAUGACAACUUCCUUCUCCUCGGUCAACCCAGCAGUGUGACCUCUCUGGCCGUUGCUACCAUGGAUGGCGCCGCGAAUGCGGUCUGGAGCAACCACAUGUCGGAGGUGAUGCAUUGUCUCGCAGCAACCAUCGCAAUGGUCCUGGACCCAUCAAUGACGCCGCAUCUACAACACCUGCGAAUUCGCGAACUGGGACAGUACAACCGAAGCCAGUGGGAUGUCAAUCCCUCUAUGCUGUUGUUGGGCUACUCGGCAGAUAAGCAAUUGAGCGACGGCCUCCAAUAG